UCAGCUGUUUGUUACACCUUUGAUGACGUUUCGCGUAGAUGCAAUUUUCGUUUCAACAAACAGCAGUGACAUCAAUUUUUAAUAAAAUUAAAGAAUAAUAAAAAUUUAAAAAAUGAGCACAAAAGUUUUGGAAGUGGACGAUGAUGUGGGUGAUGGUACUACGACUACUGGUACCCAUCGUAUCCAUUUUACAAAAGAUGUAAAGAAUGCAAUCGAUAAGGUGCUGAAAACUGAUGACCCAAUGGACUCACCUGACUUCAACACAGUCGAUUAUAUUAAUCAGCUUUUUCCAAAUGAACAGUCCUUGGUAACCAUUGAUGAAACCAUACAGCGUAUGCAAUGUGAAGUGUCAUUAAUAGAUGAUAAUAUACGUGCUGUUGUGCGUGGCCAAACCAAUACCGGUCAGGAUGGGCAAAUGGCUCUUACAGAAGCGCAAAAAGUUAUAACAACAUUAUAUGCGCACAUUAUUGAUGUGAAAACGCGUGCUGAAAAAACAGAGGAAAUGGUAAAAGAGAUUACGCGCGAUAUCAAACAAUUGGAUUGUGCAAAACGAAAUCUCACUUCUGCUAUUACGACACUAAAUCACUUGCAUAUGCUGGUCGGCGGCAUUGAAAGUUUAAAUAAAUUGAUUGAAAAGCGUUUGUAUGGCGAAAUACUAAAUCCACUGCAAGCAAUUACUGAAGUUAACCAACAUUUUAAACAAUAUUCUGAUAUUGACGAAAUAAAGAAUUUAUCGCAAAAUGUUGACAAAAUUCAAGUGACAUUGGCUAAACAAAUAACAGAAGAUUUUAAAGAUGCAUUCUCACAUAAGUCAGCUGCUACGGGAAAUGCUACCAACAAGCAACGUUUGGGUUUGAAUCAGCUGGCUGAUGCUUGUAAAGUGAUUUCCGUUUUGGAUCCAAAAGUCAAAAAGGAAUUAUUAAAGUGGUUUAUAGCACAACAACUUGAGGAGUACGUGCAACUAUUUCACGAGAACCAAGAUAUUGCUUGGCUGGAUAAGAUUGACAAACGCUAUGCUUGGCUUAAACGCCAUCUACUUGACUUUGAGGAUAAAUUCGGUGUUGUGUUUCCACUCGACUGGGAAGUGUCUGAGCGUAUUACUGUCGAAUUUUGUCGUCUAACACGUGAACAGCUCACACAAAUCAUGUCUAAACGUAGUAACGAAAUCGAUGUGCGUCUGCUGCUCUUUGCCAUCAAUAAAACACAAGCUUUUGAACAGCUGCUAUCCAAACGCUUCACCGGCGUAACUUUGGGCGCUGAGCGGCGACUAUCAACAACUGCACUUAAAGCACUACCCGAAAGUGGCGCGGUUGAUCCAAAUGCACCGCCCACCAUUGGCUUGUUUCAAGAUCAAAUUGCCAGUUGCUUCAAAGCACAUCUAGGCAUUUAUAUUAAGAGCAUCGAUCGUAAUCUAUCGGAGUUAAUGGAGAAAUUUGUGGAAAUGGCUAAGGAACCCUUCAAAGUGGCCGAAUCGAAAACCACUGUUUAUCCAAGUUCGGCAGACUUAUUUGUAUUCUAUAAGAAAUGUAUGGUGCAGUGCAACCAGCUGAGCAAUGAACAGCCAAUGUAUGAAUUGGCGUUAGUAUUUAAGAAAUAUCUUCGUGAAUAUGCCAGCAAAGUAUUAGAGUUUAGUACACCCAAAUUGCUAACAACAACAGCGUCAAUUGGUAAAAGCAUGUCCUUGCUCACACGCGAUAUGCAGAAUCUCUCCACAGCCGCCGGUCAAGUUUUCCAUAAUUUCUUAAAAGAAGGCGAUACUCAACGUUUUUCACGCGAAGAUUUAAUACAAAUCUGCUGUGUGCUAACCACAGCUGAAUAUUGUCUGGAGACAGUGCAACAAUUGGAGGAUAAACUUAAGGAGAAAAUAUCUACAGGUUAUGCCAACAAAAUAGAUAUGUCGGAAGAAAAGGAUGUCUUUCAUCGUAUUAUCUCGAACUGCAUACAAUUGCUGGUCCAAGAUUUGGAAGCGGGCUGUGAAGCGCCUCUACAGUCCAUGUCCAAAGUACAGUGGCAGAGCAUAAGCAAUGUGGGUGAUCAGAGUGCAUUCAUUAGCAGCAUUUGUACGAAUUUCAAGCAGACCAUACCGGUGAUUCGCGAUAAUCUGGCCACAUCACGCAAAUAUUUCACUCAAUUCUGUCAUAAGUUUGUCAACGCUUUCAUACCGAAAUUCAUAAACGUUCUCUACAAAUGCAAGUUGACACAUUCCGAUGGCAGCAACAAUGUUUUGGGUUGCGAACAACUCUUGCUCGAUACGCAUAGCCUGAAGACCGCUUUGCUUGAUUUGCCUUCAAUUGGCUCGAGUGUCAAUCGCAAGGCGCCCACCAGUUACACCAAAGUGGUGGUGAAGGAUAUGACACGUGCCGAAAUGAUUAUUAAAGUGGUCAUGACACCCGUACAGCCGCCCGCUCACUUUACGCAGCAGGUGCUUAAACUCCUGCCCGACAUCACCAUUGCGGAAUAUCAGAAAAUUUUAGAUAUGAAAGCGGUGAAACGUGUAGAUCAAUUGCAAUUGAUUGAUCUCUUCAAACACACUGCCUCUCAUGUCGCCGUUGUCGAUGGUUUGCCCGAACUGUCAACAGCUGCUGAGGAGGACAGCGCGCAGGCGCAGUCGGAGCUGAAUGUCAACGAUAAUACUGAUGCUAGUUCAUCGUCCACGAAAGUGGCUGAAGAAAAUGCUACUUCAACACAGUCAGCAGCGGCCACUGCUACUGCGCCAGCUGGCGGUGCCACUUCCACACCGAAACGUGCAUUUAUUUUCAGUGUCGGCAGUUUUACGGGCAGCGCAGAUAAGCACGCCGAUGGCUCGUCGAAUAGCGGCAGCGAUCGUGGUCGCAUACGCAAACUGGAGAGUUUGUUGAAGAAGCGUUUGCCAUAAGUUGUUGUUGUGUAAAUGAUUGCUGACUUUAUUCGUCUGCUGUUUAGUUAUAGAAGAUUUGUUUCACUUUACUUUUUUGGUGAGUACUACAACAUUCCAUUUUGUUUUCGCUUUAAAUUAUUUAUUUGUUUAAAUAAGUAUAUGUAUGUAUGUAUAUGUCGUUGCAAAAACAAAAAUAAUAAUAAACUUAUUGUAGUUUGUGCAUA